UUGUUUUGAGCUAAAGGUUAUGGACUGUUUAUUAUAAUAUAUAUAAUUAUCUGACCUCUUAAUCACUAAGCAUUAUUUUCAUUCCAGUACACAAAGGUAACUCUCACAAUAACUUUUGGAAAUAAAGACUCAUUAAUGUUUGCCAUAAUUACAACAGAAGUACCAGAAACAUUCACGGUAACAGAGGAUGCUGUGUGUAUACAACCUGUAAUGGAACCAGAUGCCAAGAUAGAUAUACCUCAAGGAACAUUUGAAGGUCUUGGUCAUUUACAAGUGAAUGUUUCAGAAACCAAAGAUUUCUUUAUGGAUGACAAAGAUGUAGACGAACCACUACUGAUUACCAAUGUAUUGGAUUUAACCAUGUCAGAUGGUAAACAGCCCAAGAAAACAGUUAAAAUGCAAAUGCCAGUGCACACUCAGACCGAUACAGAUGUUAUCAUCCUUGGCUGUCACAAGGAAUACCCAGAGGAUGAUGAUGAUUGGGAAAUCAUAGAAACAAAUAAUCAAAAGAAAUUUGUGGCAUUCGACGUCAAACAUUUUUCGUACUUUGUUGCCGGCUCUAGAAAAUAUAAGAAGAAAGCGUCGAAAUUGGCAACUCAAGCAAUUAAAAAGGAGCAACCUAUUGAAUUGUUUGCAAUGGUUAAGUUUGAAACAGACAGAGUGUUCACCCUGAUUAUUGAAUGCAGUAUGAAGAAUUUGGGCAAACAACGACGUAAACAUUGGAAAGACAAAGGAUUUGAAACUCAGUCCGUGGUAUACUUUGAUUGUAUUGUACAGGUGUACCAACAGUUUAAGAUAACGUUCUCAGGAGAUCUGCCAAUUCAGGAAAGAACAGAAGGUGACAAAAUUAUCAUAUUCAAUCCAAACAAUAAGAAAAACCACAUGACAUUCAAUUUAGUGGAUUAUCACAAACUGACUACCGGUCAAGUAACGGUUGAUUCACCAAAGCUGCCUAACGGUGAAGUCAGAAUCGACAAAAUUAUAGAGGUGGAGACAAAGUCAAACCAGAAAGCAGACUUGAAUAAAGUACCAGAAGUAAUACCACCACCUGGUUUUUGUAGCUGUUGUCCAUUUUCAAAAACAACUGCAAUUAAAAAUGAAAACGUUGAGGAGAAACAAAAGCCACAGACUGAAUAUCCAACAACGUUACCAAUUGCUGUCAAAAUUCCUGACGUAGAAAUUCCAGAUGGGCUGUUAAGAGAAACCAAACUUGAUCCAGAUGAUCCUGAAUGUCCGAUUAGAUGUACAGUCCUUCGAUUUGUGUCACUCACAAAGAUUGGUGACAAUUUAACUGAACAAGAAUGCUUCAGACUAGGUGUUAAUUUAAACAUGUCAGUAGAUACACUGAACGGUCUCAUGAACGACCCCAACUUUAAAGAAAAUAUGUUUCGGAAGUGGCGACCAAAACGACCUUACGAAAGCCUGGUAGAAAGCUUAAGGAAAGCUCUGGAAAGAAUUGACAGACAAGACAUCGGACGUAUGGUACAAGAUGCGUUUGAUAACGAAGCAGAGUUCAGAUUCCAAAGAAUAGUUGAAUAGGCGAAUCGUUUGAAUGGAAUUGUCUAUGAAUAAUUUAGAGCAGAAUCAUUUUUAUGGUCAAAUGAUAAACAAA